UUGACAUAGGCCGUGCCAUUGUGAAGAGAUAUGUCAUAAUUUUACAAGCAAAAUUGCAAAACUUUUGUUUGUGAACAAAUGUAAAGAAUUGUAUGGUUAUUAUUUGAAGGCCAAUAGAGUUAAUUGUUUAAUUUCAUAAUGGCCACUUUAAUAGCUAAAAUCGACAAGUUGAUUAAGAAGGAAAGAACUACACCUGAACGCAAACAUCAAGAUGUCACCAAAUCAUCAAAUGAGAUUCUUUCGGAGCUUUUUAGUGUGUUUAAUGCUGACCCGCCCAAGAUUGAAGAUAUUUCAGUUAGAAAGUCGAAAAAGAGUAAAAAGAAACACAAAAAAGAGAAAAAGAAACGCAGCCGCAGUACAAGUAGCUCUGAUUCGGACGAGAGUGAGUACUAUCAUAAGAGGAAAAAGCGAAAAAAGAGUAAAAGUAAACGCAAAGAAAGGAGUAGCCGUCGAACUCCUUCUUCUGAUGGAUCUAGAACUCCAGUUCUCAUUAAAGAUGAAGUCGAUUUUUCUAAAGGUAAGUAUGAUACCAAAGUUGAAACUCCAACAGUCAAAACAGAGAUUAACGUUAAAAGCGAACUUCCGGACACUAAUAUAAGUAUUAAAAAAGAGGAAGAAAAGCCUGGGGCCUCUUUUGACGCAAGCCUUAUUCCCAUGCCUGAAUCUCCAAAAGACAUUGAAAAAUCGGACAAAAAAUCAGAAAAUUCUGACUGUGAUAAAUCAAGAGGUAAAAUUCAAAUUAAGAACUUAAAAUUUAGUGCAGUGUUUGAAGAGACUGUAAAGAAAGCUGAAGAAGAAGCUCGUAAAAAAGCAGAACAAGUUGAAGACGGGGAGUGUACAGAUUCGUCCAGUAGUUCCGUAAAAGAAUUAGAUAUUAACUCACAAUUUCCUAAAUCAUCUGAUCCCGGAGGCAUCUUAAAAAAGCAAGCAGCCGAAGAAAUAAAAUUGAUUGAGGAAGAAAAGAAUGCUUUGAAGAAAAGUAAAGUGGAAACAUCAAUUAAAUCUUCAAAGAAAGAAAGAGAAAGAAGUAGAUCAAGAAAAAGAUCGGAAAGCAAGUCUCGCGGUAGGUCCCACUCGUCGAAGCGCCGUCGACACAGAUCUCGGUCUCGAUCGCGUCGGAGGAGUCGAUCCCGACACCGCUCUCGCUCACGACGAAGUUCCAAAUCCAGGAGUCAACACCACUCCAGACAUUCACCGAGGCAUCGCGGACGCAGAUCGAGGUCGCCAAGUGGAGUAAAAUUAGCAGAUAGUGAGAAGAAACGCCUUCUAGAAGUAGCAAGAAGGAAUGCAAUCAAUAUGCUUAAGAAUGGAGCUGUGCCAGCCGGUGCGGCCGCAUUACCGCCACACACGAGGAAUCAAGUUAUGGCGGCCAUACAGUCUGGAGGUAAGUCAGUUGAUGAACUGACAGACUUUUGUAAACACUUGUCAAAGAAGGAAGCGCUCGGAGAAUUGUCAUCGGUGUCUUCCAAUGAUGAUGACAUGAGUGAGAAUGAAGACACAUUGGCAUUCCAUCAUCCCUUCCUUGUUAAGGAGAAAGCGCCCAUUGUUAUGAAUAUUAGAGGUGGUGCACCAUUACCGGUUAAAACCAGUCUCCUUCCGGUAGUCAACAAGGAAGAAUUACGUCUUCAGUUUCCGGUAUCCUCCGGCUCACAGCACAGAGAGAAGGCCUCGGAAUGGGUGCCUGUAUCACCAAAGAGAGAUAUGCAAGUUGCAAAACUGAAUUCAAAACCAGCAGCACCAAAAUCAAUUCUACCUGCGAUAGAACCAUCUAAGAAUGAUGUUCUAGCGUUGCCCGCUCCUCCUCCAUCUACUACCUAUACAAAGAGCUUCACUACUUCAUCUCAAUUGCCUCCAAUUCCAGCAUUGCCUGCGCCCGGACCACAAGUUUAUCCUCCGGGUGUUGAACCUCCUAAAUUGGAUAUGGCGGCGAUUGUGUGUCAGAAAUUGUUGAUGAUUCGUAAAGAACAAGAGGAGAAUGAACUGAACACUACAACAGGGUUUGGUUGGUCAAAGGAGGCGUUGGGUCAGUUUACGGGUAGCACUGGUGCACAGAUUCUAACACCAAGAGAACUGGCGAGCGGCACACAAGCCUGGGCCAAGAAGGAUCAGUUGGUUCGCGCUGCGCCCGUAGAAGGUGGUAUGGGAAUGCAUUUGCUGCAGAAAAUGGGCUGGACCCCAGGCCAAGGUCUGGGUAAGGAAGGAACGGGAACCCUACAACCGUUGCUCCUUGAAGUCAAAUUGGAUACUAGGGGGCUGCAAUCCAAAGAAGAGCUCAGAAGCAGGCCUUCCAAAGGGAUGAAACCUCCAAGGACAGGACGUCGUGGCGGAGCGCCGCUGGUAGCGGGCGGCAAGCAUCCUGUGUCCCUACUCGGAGAGUACUGCUCAAAACAAAAGUUGGGCCCACCUGAAUACAGUCUGUGCUUUGAGUGUGGCCCCGAUCAUAAGAAGAAUUUCUUAUUCAAGGUGAGAGUUGCAGGUGUUGAAUAUCAGCCAGCUGUUGCUAGUGCAAAUAAAAAACAAGCAAAAGCAGAUGCAGCACAGUUGGCCUUACAAAACCUCGGCAUUGUUACACAAUAAAAUAUAGACAAAACGGAAUGCAUUUUCUACUAUCCUUUAAAAAUAAAACAAUUAUGUAUUUGAUUACAUAACUUUCAUUUAUUUUUGAAAUUUUAUUUUCGAAGACAUAAUUGCACUAGAUACCAUUUAGAUGCAUAAAAACAGUUCUAAAACUAUUUUUGUGCCUAACAUUGAAUUGCAACAAAAUUUUCUAUGUAAUAACUUUGAGAAUAACUGCCACUUAGUAGCUAAAACUAUAAUUCUAAACAAACUCCAUCAUAUUCUUUUUUCAAUCACAGAUCUGUUCCAAAGCCAUCACAUUCCGUCCACUCUAUUCCUUUUGAGGAUUCUGCUGUUUAAUCCGGUAGUCUGAUAAAGCUGCCUUAAUAGCAUCUUCAGCAA